UAAACAGAUAGUGGAGGAGGCGGUGCCGUUGCAUACUUUUAGCCCGUGUCAAAGCGUGGAAACUGUGCGGAGGAAUUCGCCGGGCAAGUACACACUAAGAAAAACUGUGUUUGUAGACGCUGACUUGUGCAGCUGCACAUUCGGACAUUGUGCCAUAUAACUGUGCCGAAUUACCACUUUAGGAGUGCCAUGACUUGGCAAACAAAUGCAGUGCGCAAAAAUGGCAAGCAUAUGGGUUCAGUUAUAGGUAAGCGCACGUAAACAUAUCUAUAUACAGUACAGAGUGCUAUCUGCAGCUAGGCUGGAAAACCUGAACAGGUGGCAUAUCUCGGGCCAUUCACGUCAAGGAGAGCUGACUGACAGCUAGCCUCUUUCCUUUAAUCUCUUGCUGACGAAAGCUUUUCAAACCAUCUCCUCCUCUUCCUCCUCCUCCUCCUCCUCCUCCUCCUCAUCGGGGAAACACUUAAUUUCUCGAAGUUCUCACUCUCAUUUGCUGCCAUUCGCUGAUAUUUCCCACUGCUGACAAGUCUAUGAUUCUUAGGAAUGCACGUGCAAGUUUACUGCUGGAUUUAAUAGCGAACGAUGUUUCUUUCUUAUGCCUUAUGAUUUGGAUGUGCUGACUAUCAACGUGUCAAAAAGCGACAUGUUUCCUGAAAUUAAUAACAAGUCAGCCAGACCUGAGGCUUUCCCUCACCCUCACAGGGCUCAGGCAGAGAGCACAAAAAUAGGACCCAACUGCACCUACGCACAGAAAUGCGGUACAGGAGUUGGCACCUUGCCCCAGCUAGAAGCUCCAGUCAAGCAAGUUUUGGUGACCAAUGGCAAACUUCUGCAUUCAAAUGGAACCUUACCCAGUAUUGUCAAACAGUUGGUGCAGAGCACUCAAGGGAACCAGGAGGAGAGGCCAAGGCCACAGUUUCCCAAUCGAUUCGGUUCCUCGGUGGAAAACCUAUCUGAAUCCCUAACCAGGAGCAUCAUCAAUAAGUUUGAGAAGAUCAGGACAUAUGAGGGACAGAGGCUGCCGAUGUCUCCAACAACGGCACUGAAACACUUCCAGAACCAGCUGACAGAAUAUGAGAGGGUAGAGAUAAUGGACUACUCUGAGAUCUGGUACCUGGGUUUGGACACUAAGAAGAUUGAGGGCUCCCAGGGGUCCCCACAGAAUUCUAGCUAUGACGAUGAACAUGGCAGCUACAUCAAGGUCCUGCAUGACCAUAUAGGCUAUCGUUACGAAGUCCUGGAGGUGAUUGGGAAAGGAUCGUUUGGCCAAGUCUUGAAAUGUUUGGAUCACAAGACAAAUGAGAUGGUGGCCAUCAAGAUCAUUCGAAACAAGAAGAGGUUCCACCAUCAGGCCCUUGUGGAGCUAAAGAUCCUGGAUGCUGUGCGGAGAAGAGACAGAGAUAACUGCCACAACGUCAUUCACAUGAAGGAGUACUUCUACUUCCGCAACCACCUGUGCAUCUCAUUUGAACUACUGGGGGCGAACUUGUAUGAGCUUAUUAAAAAGAACAACUACCAGGGCUUCAGUCUGGGGCUGAUCAGGCGUUUUGCCCAUUCACUGCUCAAGUGCCUGCAGAUGCUGCACAAAGAGAAGAUCAUCCACUGUGACCUCAAACCGGAAAACAUACUCCUGUCCCAGAGAGGACAGGGGAACAUCAAGGUGGUGGACUUUGGAUCAAGCUGCUACGAGCAGCAGAGAGUAUACACCUACAUUCAGAGCCGCUUCUACCGUUCACCAGAGGUUAUUCUGGGUCACCCGUACAGCAUGGCAAUAGACAUGUGGAGCCUGGGCUGCAUUUUGGCUGAGCUGUACACUGGCUAUCCCCUCUUCCCAGGUGAGAGUGAGGUCGAGCAGAUCGCCUGUAUCAUGGAGAUAAUGGGACUCCCUCCAAAUGACUUUGUUCAAACAGCAUCAAGAAGGAGGUUAUUUUUUGAUUCUAAAGGAAACCCGAGGAAUAUCACAAACAGCAAAGGGAAAAAACGCAGACCAAACUCAAAAGAUCUUGCCAGUGUACUGAAGACCAAUGAUCCUCUUUUCCUUGACUUCAUACGACGUUGCCUUGUGUGGGAUCCCUCAAAGCGCAUGACACCAGAUGAAGGCAUGCAGCAUGAGUGGAUACAUGAGGGUCGUUUGAACAAGCUUCAUCCUAAACCUCGGUCUCUGCGGAAAGACAGUGAGAACAAUUGUGACUUCACGUACCACAAAGCAACUGCAAACAGGACAGCCAACAAGUCCGGAUCUGACGAAAAACUUAAGAGGGUCAGUGACGGUUUGAGCAAAGGAAGCAAGGCAGCAACAGAAGACCGUCUGCGUCCAAUAGGAGCCUCGGCUGAGGAGGAGAACGGCGAGGAAGGCAAAAAUGUGAGCCAGGAAAGCAAAGACAGCAAGUCAGAUUCCAGUGGAGAGAGAUCCGUUCAGAUCAUCAUCAAACCUCAAACAGAAUCAAGCACUGAUUCAGAAGGACAAGAGCCGCAGUUUCUCCCCCCUAUUGUAUAAAACCCCAAAAUAAAGAAUGAGUGAUGUCUUCAUUGUGAUUUAUACUUCAAUCACUUGGAUUUACCUAUUGUGCGGCUUAGACAGAGUCUGACUUUUGUUGUAUUGCAAGGUUAAAAAGUUUUUUUGUUUUGUUUUAGCUGUAUUUAACUCGCAAGUGGUCUGUAACUCAACUAAGAUUCAGUGGCCGGAAAGCAGUAGCCUAUGUCUUGACUAUUCAAAAGAACUCUUAAGGCUUUGUUCAGAUAGGCAGCAAAAAUGUGACUUUUUUUUUUUUUUUUUUUUUUUUUUUUGCAUUUAGUGUGAACAAAGCCUAAGUACAGUAAAAUAUUUUACAUUUAGUUAACAUUUUGGUGCUUGUUAUGUAUUUUUAAAGGAUUAUUACUAUGAGAUUGUUUUGUAAUGCUGUCAUAUUUUUGCAGAGCGUAACGCUGUGUGCAUGUUUAUAGGGUCUAGUGUGCUUUAUCUCUUUUCAAUUGAUUUAAGCUUUUAGCAAUGUCUUUAAUAGAUCUCAAGCUAACCUUGAGUACCAAAGCUGCUUUAUUGUGCAAUAUUACUGCAUGGAUUAAACAGUGUUUGUAUGUUUUGGUGCCAUUUGCCAGAUUUUUUAAAUAGCUCUACGAGAUAGAGCUAUUUAAAAGAGAUUUAUCAUAUUCAUUAUUGUUCUUAAUAUUGCUACAACUCUAGAGAAACAAAUGUGGUCCUCUGACUAUAUCUGACCGAAAGCACCCUAGAUUAUCAAAAUGUGCACAAUACUGGCAUGACUGAUGAGGAUGACAAUAAUCAUGUUGGCAGUAUUGUUGAUGAUUAUAAUUAUGAUGUGAUGUUGAACAAGAGGACAGUGGGAGUGUCAAGAAUGAGUUCUUUUAUAGUUGUUGUUUGAAGGUGAUUGAAAUUAUGCCGCGUUCUGUAAACUAGUGCUUCACUGUAUGUUUAUACAGAUUUGAUAUACUAUAGUUUAUGGAUUUGAAUAGUUAUUUUCCUGUACUGUAUAUAGAAUUCUUAUGGUAAAUACAAUGCACCCUAUGUGGAUGCCACCAAGUCGUGUAAACAUUAGACAAGGUUUUACUUGUUCUUAUAUUGUUUAUCUGUUAUCAUUUUUAAAAAAAAGAAAAAAAAAGAGCUUUUUUACUUACGUACGCUAUCUAUCUCCCUAGGGUUUUCUUGAUAAUUCUGUUUAUGGGAUUUUAGAUGAAAGUCUUGGGUCAAGGGUGUUAGUGCUAGUACCUUUCAGUAUUAGAAUGAAAUCAAAUCAGUUGUCUCCUGAAUAAUGUAUGUAAUAUACUGUCAUAAAUAUGUAAUACUACAUUGAAUGUGAAACCAUAGUUAAACAUUGUCUGGGUUUUAUUUGAAUUUUAUUUAACUUUUUUCCCCAGGAUAAAUUGGAUGACAACAUGGAGCUGUUAAAAGUGCAAACUGACUUUGCUGCAUAUAAUAAUGUUAUUAAAAUCUCCUUAUAAUUUAAGAGAGAGAGAGAGAGAAUAUUAAACCAUUCUUUAUGUGGAGGUUGAAGAGCCAUCUUCCAGGGGCUCGCCACCACCAGGCCUGGAGAUCAUAUCAGACAGUGAGGAAGAUGAAGUCUCCUUUAGCUCACCACCACCAGGUCUGGAGCUAAUUUCAGAUGUUGUGGAGGAGACUGAAGAUCUAGUAUCCAUUAGCUCACCACUGCUCAGCCUGGAGAUCUUACCAGAUGCAGGUGAGGAGAUAAGACUGUUUCAUAACCACUCAUAACACUGAACAACCCGAGGAGACUGAGACACUCACUGUCUCCACACUGCCCAGCAUCCCGAUGUUCACAGGGAGGGAUGAGGAGACUGACUAACAGUUUCCAAAAGCUCCAAGCCACAGGAAGGACUGAAGACCAUCCUGGAGUGGGACAAAUUAUCUAUCAUCAGUGAAGACCUUCUCCAAGUCACCCUGGAGAAGUUGAUAUCCCACAUGGACAAUUAUGAGAGCCUCUCUCCCUGCAUUGUUGUGAGUGACAAGGAAAUUGACUCAAGAAUUGAAAAGGGCGGAUCCGGUCUAUUGCUUAGAAGUCUGAGUCGGAAAAACUCUUAACUCCAAUAAAAAAUACAAAUAAAACAAAAUAGACAUGCAAUAGGCCUAUUGGCUGAAGAAAAGCAUCAAUGGAACUGCAGCAAACUAACAAAAAAUAAAAUAAAUUAAUAAUAAUAAUAAUAAUAAUAAUAUAUAGUGGAGUUUGGAAUUCUUCAAGAAGGUGUGACAAAGAGCGAAACUCACUUUUGCCAAACAGAACAGAGUAACUCCAUGCCAAUAAGACAACUGGUGGUGCUUAUGCAUGUGCAUAAUUUUUUUUUUUUUUUUUUUUUUUUUUAUUGUCAUUAAAGCAUAAAAUCAUGAAUUCUAUGAUAUUAUGCUUUCAUUCUGGAGCCCUGGCUUCAGAAUGUAAUUUUUUAAAUAUUUUCCACCAGAUGGCGCAAUUUUUCUCAUGCUUAGCCUAUGGAGCAAAUACAUGCUUUUUUCCUAUUUUCUGUUUGCUAUAUUAUAGAGCACUGCAGGCCAAAUGAAUAAAUGAUGCAGCUAAAAUUGUGUGGGUGUGUUGAUAUGGAUGUCAGAGUGUGUUUUGUAUGUGUGUAUUGAGAAAUGUGUGUGUAUGUGUGUAAAAAACAACAGCGGCAUUAUGUAAACAAACCGGCAUUUAAAGGGUUAAAAUCCUGAAACUUUAUUAAUAUUUGGUAGUUAUGAUCAGGACUGAUGUUGGUUAAAAAAAAUUAACUCAUUGAAAGUGGAAAAUAAUAUUAAUAUAUAAUAUUAUUAUGGCAGUUUUUUGACGCGAAAAUUUCUGUCCUCUAAGGACUUCUGAGUAACUUUUUUUUUUAUUGACCCACAAGGGUUAUAACAACAAGAAUGGAGUUCAAGCCUUCUCCAUGUCUAUAUAGGACAAUUGAUGGUGCAUCUAC